AUGAAAGAAAAAGAAGCAACAACCCUCCGCCCCACAACCCCCACCGACCUCCCCACCAUCCUCGAAAUCCACCGCCACUCUCUACCCCUCCACACCCACGCCCUCUUCACAAACCCUUUCCGCCACCUCCACCCAACCUCCUACGCCCUCUUCACCCUCGUCUCCCCCACCAACAAACUCUCCACCCCUCCCUCCCCCCACUCCCAAAGCCUCACAAUAACCACCACCUCCUCCAAAGACACCCCAACAUCCUGGGCCUUCUGGCGCCGAAGCACCGGUCCCCUCCAUUCCUCCAAAAUCCAACAAUACAAAACAACAGCAUCCUCCAUCGCCUCCGGCCAAACCCCCAUAUCCUCACUAGCAAAAAAAGAAGAAGCAAUAAAAUAUAAAUCCCUCUCCCUGCCCCGUUCAUCCCUCUGUAACCUCCACACCCUCCGCGACACUCUAAAAUAUUUUACAUCAGAACAUUAUUACCUCUCCCACCUCCUCGUUCAUCCGGAUCAUAAACGGAAAGGGUUUGGAACAAUAUUAACCCUCUGGGGACUUUAUCACGCUGCUAAGGAGGGUUUACCGGUGUUUUUGACGGCUAGUACUGAAGGUGAAGGGUUGUAUAAGAAAUUGGGGUUUAGGGUUAUUGGGGAGAAGAGUUUUCCUAGUAUUGAGGAAUUGAGUGAGGAGGAUAGGGAAAGGGAAGAGGAGGUUUUGGGAAAAGAGGUGGUGGAGGAACAGUUUAGGAUUGUGGAAAAACCGAAGAUUAUGGUCUGGGAGGGGACGGUAGAGGAUGAGAUAUUCAAGGAUGAGGAGGUUAUGAGGAUGAUAUUGGCUGUUCCUUGGGAUAUUCAGGAGGUGUAA